UCAGCCCUUCCUUGCUUCAUUUACCCUUUCUCAAUUUCUUGGAUCUUAGUUUCAAUAAAUUUGAUAGAAUUCCAAGUUUCAUUGGCUCUCUCAACAACUUGGUCUAUCUUAAUCUUUCUUAUAAUAAAUUUGUUGGGAAUGUUCCUCCUCAUCUGGGAAAUAUUUCCACUUUGAAAUAUCUUGACAUUGGCAACAACUUUUAUGGUCAACGUUUAAAAGUGGUUGACACCUUGGAAUGGAUUUCUCAUCUUUCUUCCUUGGAGUAUCUCAAUAUGGAUUGCGUAGACCUUCAUUCUGUUUCAGAUUGGCUUCACUCAAUUUCUAAGCUUUCUUUUCUGAGAACACUAAGCCUAUCUUCCUGCUACCUUCCAAGUCCCUCAUCAUCACUUUUGCACAUCAACUCUUCUAGUUUCCUACAACACUUGUCUUUACAGUAUGGAAAUAUAGCAACUUUUCCCCUACUGAAUUUGUGGCUAAACCAAAGCUACUUCCUUCAAUCUCUUGACCUCUCCGGUAAUUCUUUGGUAGGUGGCGAGAAGGACAUCAAAUUCUUGAGGCAUCUUGACAAGUUGAAAAUUCUUGAUUUAUCGUCUAACUCUUUCUCUUUCAACUUUUCAGAACUCAUUUUAGGUUCAGAGAAAUUGAUAGAGAUUUUGAGAUUGAGUGAAAACAAAAUUGUGGGAUCACUAGAUGAAAUCAAAAAGUUUAAUUCCCUAAGAAAAUUAAACUUGGGGAAUAAUCAACUUUCCGGUUCACUGCCGGACAUGUCAACAAUGUUGUCCUUAGAAGUUUUUGCAAUUGGCAAGAAUCUGUUCCAUGGAAACUUAAUGGGAAGUAACAUUGGCCACCUCUCUAAUCUCAAAUGUCUGGAUGUUUCUUCAAAUUCAUUGGAUGGAGCCAUAUCUGAAAUCAGCUUUUCUAAUUUUAGCAAAUUGGAUGUGCUCAUCCUGUCUGAUAACUCUUUGACAUUGAAUUUAGGCACCCACUGGAUUCCACCAUUUCAGUUAAGUGGUCUAGGCCUCAGAUCUUGUGAGUUGGGCCCAAAAUUUCCUAAUUGGCUCCACACACAGACAAAGCUAGAUACUCUUGAUGUCUCAAAUAAUGGAAUUUCAGAUCUCUUUCCUCAAUGGCUCACCAAUCUAUCCAACUUAGACUAUUUGAGUGCUUCUCAAAACAGAAUUCGUGGAAAAUUACCAAACAUACCAUCAUUUUUGAAUCUAGUAGACUUUAGCAGCAAUUUGCUAGAAGGUCCUAUGCCAAAAAAUUAUUCACGAGUAUCAACACUGAUCCUUCACAAAAACAAGCUUUCUGGAACCAUUUCAGUUCUGUGUACAAAUAUUUCUACAGAGUUUGAAUAUCUUGACCUUUCAAAUAAUUUCUUUACCGAGAAGAUUCCUGAAUGUUUGUGGAAAGUUAACCAUUUGUAUAGUUUAAACUUGGCAAAUAAUAACUUCUUUGGUGAAAUCCCCUUAUCCAUAGGACACUUGAACAAUAUGGUUGCACUGCAUUUGAGAAACAAUAGGUUUGAUGGGGAAUUUCCUGUGUUUUUACAAAAUUGCACUUCAUUAUUGGUUUUGGAUCUUGGAAAUAAUUAUUUUACUGGGGGUAUUCCUGCAUCGAUAGGAGAAAGCUUAAAAGAGUUGAAGAUCCUUUGCCUGGAUUCAAAUGAACUAAAAGGAUCAAUCCCAAUUAAUAUUUGCCAACUUCAAUCCAUUCAAAUAAUGGAUUUGUCUUCGAACCAUUUAUCUGGUUCCAUUCCAACUUGCUUCAAAUCAUUAAUGACUAAAUAUGAUGAAUGGAUGCCAAACGCGGAGACUUAUGGAUCUUCUCAACAAACCUAUGGGAUUCUAGACUCUUUCGAAGAAUCUUUCUUUGAUUAUGAAUGGCUUAUGUGGAAGGGUAUAGAGGUGGAGUAUGGUAAGAACCUCAGAUUCAUGAAGCUCAUUGAUCUCUCAAGCAAUAAAUUGGUUGGAGAAAUCCCAGUUGAGAUAACUGAUUUGCAUAUGCUUAAUUCACUAAACCUGUCAAGAAACAAACUGACCGGAUCCAUCCCAGAUAAGAUUGGUGAGAUGAGGUCACUAGAGAGUCUCGACCUGUCAAACAAUCAACUUUCUGGAGCAAUACCACCGAGCCUGGCUAGUAUAUCAUUUCUUGCUCACUUGGACUUGUCGAACAACAAUUUGUCUGGUUGUAUUCCACUCGGCACUCAGUUGCAAGGAUUCACUGAGGCUUAUGAGGGAAAUUCAAAGCUACGAGGGCCUCCACUUCCAACAAAGUGUCAUAGAGAUGAACCUGAAAAUGCUCCACAACAAGGGGGAAUUGAUGAAGGAUGGAUUAUUUGGGACUUUGACUUUUUUGUGAGUUUGACACUUGGAUUCAUUGUUAGUUUUUGGGGAGUAUGUGGAACAUUAAUACUCAAGUCUUCUUGGCGACAUGCGUAUUUCCAAUUUUUAGAAGACAAAAAAGAGAAGAUUUGCACUGCCAUUGUGGUCCUUGGAGCCAAAUUGAAGAGAGGCAUGAGAGCUAACUAGCUCGAUUGAAGUAAAAGGAAGUACGAAGGCAGCCAUUGGAGUACCUCCGGUCCAUCCAUGUCAUUCUAAAUAAAGUUGAAUCAUGUGUAUUUGUGUGUUUGUAUUCAUAUUUCAAGUCAUGUAAUUCUAUUUUGUUCUGUAUUGUGUCAUUGUGUGUAUUGAGGUUCUACUAUAUAUACAUCAUCAUACCAUAGCCUAUUUUGAA